GCUUUCAAGAUUAUACCAUCUCUCAAUAACUGGGCACGGAUUCUAGCUAUCACCCGACCAGAAAACUGGUCACCACAUGCCAUGCGAGCAGCCACUCGUAUUCUUGUAUCGAACCUCAAGCCUGCUCAGUGCCGAGUUUUUCUUGAGGGCGUGCUCCUCCCUGCAGUCCGCGAUGAUAUCGCAGAGCACGGAAAACUCAACGUACAAUACUACGAAGCACUCAAGAAGAGUGUAUACAAACCUGGCGCUUUCUUUAAAGGGAUCCUAUUUCCUCUCUGUGAAGGCGGGUGCACGCUGAAAGAGGCUGCUGUCAUUGGCAGCGUUCUGACGCGAGUAUCUGUACCAAUCCUACACUCUGCAGCGGCGCUCUUGAGAUUGGCUCGUAUGGAAUAUUCUGGCCCGAAUUCACUAUUUAUUCGAGUCUUAUUGGAUAAGAAAUAUGCGCUUCCGUACAAGGUCGUUGAUGGAUUGGUCGAGCAUUUCAUUAUCCUUUCGAAUACCUAUAAGGGAAGGCGAGAUAAAGGGCAGAGCGAAAAGCUGCCAGUGUUAUGGCAUCAAACCGAUAUAACACCAGAGCAAAAAGAUGCACUACUGGACGUCAUUAGGGUCAACCCACAUCCACAAAUAAGUCCAGAAAUUCGACGGGAAUUGGUUAAUUCAGUGGCCAGGGGUGAACCUAGACCGGAUAUGGACGUUGAGAUGCAGAUGUAG